GUGUAUGGUCUGUGAAUAUGGCUGUCAACAAAUCACCCAUGAUUAAUAAGUUAGGAGUGAUAUCUUCCUCUUAUCAUGAAAAACUCUUGAGGAUGAAGUUUCAAAAUUUAAGGAAAAGAAAGAGUAAUAAACCAAAGCCAUCAUUUUCAAUCACAGAAGAAUUCAUCUUGAGAUUCAAUCAAACAAAAAAUCCAAAGGAGAAGGAAGAAUUGCUGGACCUAGCUAGAAAAAAUAUUCUCAGAUGUAAGAGAAAAUUGGGUCUCAAAACCUUGGGCUCUGGAAAGCAUGUUCAUCUUCCUACUGCAUGGAUGGAAGUAAUAUAUCUGGCUCAAUGCAAAGGAGAAAUCCAAGAUGAAGCUUUAAAUAUGCUUUAUGCCUCCCUGGACCAUGCUUCCUUUGAUUAUAAUCAUCUGCCUGUAUUAUUUUUUGUUGCGGAAUCAGUUUUAUAUAGACUCUGUUGUGAUGCAUUCCAAAAGGCAUACUUAUAUUCAGUUGAAAUAAAGCUGGCAAAGAUUGGCUAUUUGGUCUUUUUACGACUUUUUAUAUAUUUCCUGCAUGGACACCUAGGAAGUUUUAAACAACAUUUACUUAGACUUCAACCAUAUUUAUACGCACUUUCUUUCUCUGGAGAGUCAUAUUACAAGUAUCCAAACAUCUUGUCAAAUAUUCAAUUCAUUCUGAAAACCAUGGAAAUAAUAUGUAAAAGAGAAUUCCCUUCUGGAUCAAUUUUUAGCACUGUAGAAAACAAGGAAAGCAGUAAGAACAUAGAUUCGGAUAUGGAACAUUUGCUGAUUUAUCAGGAAGGACAUGAAGUUAACCACCUGCUCUGGCACUGUGUGGCUGCCUGGUCAUGUGUUCAGAAGAACAGUCCUCAGUUGAAUAAGGUGCUUGAACAUCUCAUCUUUCAUAAAAUGCAGCUUCAAAAGAAAUGCUGGUUGGAUUCAACACUGGCUUUGCUGGUCCUUGGGGAGGCUGCCAAAUUAAACAUGGCCUGCUUGAAAGCUUUAAUGGAAUUAAUGAGAGAUUUUCUUUUAGGCAUUAUGUCUGUUCAAAAUCAGGAAGAAAGCUGCAAAGUAGAUGAUGCUUCCUGGGCCUGGAAUGUUGUCUACAUAUACACAACAAUUCUGGCAGAAAUCUGCUUGUAUGCAGCCACCUCUAAUUUGCGAAAAACUGCUUUUAUUGGUUUCUGUGUCUGUACAAGAUCACAAAAAGACAUUUUACUCAUGGAUAAAUCAGAAGAACCACAAGAAUUGAAGGAAACAAGUAUUUUAGGUCUUUUGGACUAUUUCUCUUCAAAAAUGUCAGAUAAUU